AUGGCUCCCUCAACGCUCUUCCGUUCGGAAGAGAUGUCACUUAUACAACUGUAUAUUCCUGUUGAGGUCGCCCAACCCUGCGUCGCAGAAUUGGGUGAAAUCGGCAAGGUGCAGUUUAGAGAUUUGAAUCCCGAAGUCAAUGCCUUUCAACGAUCGUUUGUGUCUGAAAUUAGACGCCUGGACGAAAUGGAGCGCCUUUGUCGAUUCUUCAACACACAAAUCGAAAAGGCGGAUAUACCCAUGCGCCCUUUGACAGCUGCUGCUUACAGUUCACGUGCACGUUCUGCUCAAGAAGUCGAUGAUUUGGAGGAGAAGCUCAAGGAGCAUGAGAGUCGUAUCCUGCAAAUGAAUGGUUCCUAUGAAACACUUCAACGCCGCUAUCUUCAGUUGACUGAGCUGUGUCAUGUCUUGCGUGAAUCUGGUGGUUUCUUUGAACAGGCCGAGUCGAGACAAGAUACGAUUCGUAACUCUAUGGAUGAAGGUGAUGCAUCAACCCCGCUCUUGGAACAUGAUGUCGAACAACAAACACACCAAGAUGAUAUGAAUCGUCUCAACCUCGGCUAUGUCACCGGUGUCAUUUCACGUCAACGUAUGCAAACAUUUGAACGUGUCUUGUGGCGUUCGUUGCGUGGCAACCUUUACAUGAAUUCCGCCGAGAUUGAUGAACCUAUUGUGGACCCUGAUUCCGAUGAAGUGGUGGAAAAGAACGUCUUUGCCAUCUUUGCUCAUGGUCGUGAAAUCAUCAACAAGAUUCGCAAGAUCUCUCAAAGCUUGGGUGCUACCUUGUACAGCGUGGAUGAUUCAGCUGAUAAGCGUCGUGAUGCUUUGCUUGAUGUGACAUCGCGUAUCGAGGACUUGAACAAUGUCUUGUCCAAUACCAGCCAAACGCGUCGCACCGAGUUGCUCAAGAUUGCGGAGAACUUGACUUCAUGGACAACGGUUGUUCGCAAGGAAAAAGCCAUAUACCACACCAUGAACCUUUUCAACUAUGAUGUCAAUCGCAAAUGCUUGAUUGCAGAAGGCUGGUGUCCAAAGAAUGAUAUUCCUAUCAUCCAACACGCUCUCAAGAACGCUACGGAAUCAUCUGGCACCAACUUGCCUUCUAUCCUCACAGAAUUGGUCACCAAAAAGACCCCACCUACGUAUCAUCGUACAAACAAGUUCACGGAGGGCUUCCAAAAUGUCAUUGAUGCCUAUGGUAUUGCACGCUAUCGCGAAGUCAACCCUGGUCUUUUCACCAUCAUUUCCUUCCCUUUCUUGUUUGCCAUCAUGUUUGGUGAUGUUGGUCAUGGUUUCUUGAUGUUUUUGUUUGCAUUGUACAUGGUAAUCAACGAGAAGAAGCUUGCCAAUGUCAAGGAUGAGAUCUUUAGCAUGUUCUUUAGCGGUCGCUACAUGGUGCUUCUUAUGGGUCUCUUUUCUAUCUACGUGGGCUUCAUUUACAAUGACAUGUUUUCGCUUUCGUUGGAUCUCUUCAAAUCUGGCUUUGAUUGGCCCACUGAAUACAAUUCCACUGAUACUAUUGACGCCACUCCCAAUGGCGACGUGUAUCCAUUUGGCCUUGAUCCGUCAUGGCACGGAUCAGAGAACUUUUUGCUCUUCACCAACUCUUACAAGAUGAAGCAAGCCAUCAUCAUUGGUGUUAUCCAUAUGACCUUUGGUAUCUGCUUGCAAGUCUACAACCACGUCAACUUUAAGAACAAGAUGUUCAUUUGGCUCGAAUUUGUGCCCCAAAUUUUGUUCAUGUCUUCCAUCUUUGGCUAUCUCACAUUCUGUAUCUUGUACAAGUGGAGCGUUGACUGGUGGGCACUUGACGAUGAAGGCAAUCACAUUCACAACCCCCCUCCCAACUUGCUCAACAUGUUGAUUUACAUGUUCCUUUCACCUGGCAAUGUCAAUCCUGAGGACCAACUUUACCCUGGUCAGGGUCCCAUCCAAGCCGUUUUACUCUUGAUUGCAGUCGUUUGUGUCCCAUGGAUGUGGUUUGCCAAGCCUUAUUAUCUCAAGGUCCAACACAAUAAGCAUCGCUAUCACUCGGUUGCCGAAGAUGAAAACGUUGCCUAUGAUGAAGAGCAAAACGGCCAUGCUGGUGGCGGUUCAGCUGAUGCUGACGAUGAUGAAGAAGAGGAAGAGUUUGAAUUUUCUGAAGUGAUGAUUCACCAAACUAUUCAUACCAUUGAGUUUUGUCUCAACUGUAUCUCCAACACUGCUUCAUACCUCCGUCUUUGGGCCUUGUCCCUUGCUCACGCACAGCUGUCAAGCGUCUUGUGGGAUAUGACAUUCAAGAUCUGGUUCAGCUUUACCGGUCCAAUUGCCGUGAUUGGCAUCUUUGUUGGCUUUGCCAUGUGGUUUGUCCUUACUAUUUUCAUUUUGCUCGGCAUGGAGGGUCUUUCAGCAUUCUUGCACACCCUUCGUUUGCAUUGGGUCGAAUUUGAUGGCAAAUUCUAUAUGGCUGAUGGUUACAAAUUUGAGCCUUUCACAUUCAGUACUGUGUUGGAUGGCAAGAGCGAGUAA